AUGCGUGUCGAUGAAGUACAACCACAUACACCUUUCGUUGUAAAGGAUUAUUGGAGUAGUGAUGCUCCUUUUCGAUUCGCAUUAGCACGUCAAUUUAGUCAAUCGAAACAGGGUAAAGAGUAUUGGCCUGAAUUAUCUAAACGAUUAGAGGAAUUCUCAUUAAAAGUCGAAAGGGAAGCAAGACCUUUAGCAAAAUUAUGCGAUCGACCAAAUCAAGAGCCACGGCUAGUACAAUUCAAUGAAUGGGGACAACGUAUUGAUUCCGUUGAAACGAGUGAAGGAUGGCGUGGUUUAUUGCAAUGGCAAAUGGCAAACGGAAUCGUAAGCGAAUCAUAUCCCGCUCAAGGUCAAGAAGAUAGUGUGAACAACCAUAACAUCAGUGCUGGUGGACGUGAUCGAUUAGGAGAAAUUGCAAGAAUGUAUAAUUUUGCAAGAACGUUAAUCUUUACGCCUGAUAGUCAAGUUGCCGUUUGUCCAACUUCAAUGACCGAUGGAGCAGCAAGAGUGUUGGAAUUGUAUGGGACUUCAUCACAAAAGCAAAAAUAUUUGCCAAAAUUAUUCGGACGCACACCCGAUAAAUUCUGGCUUUCAGGUCAAUGGAUGACAGAAGUGGCAGGAGGAUCAGAUGUGAGCAUGACAGAAACCGUUGCUGAACCGUUGAUUUCACGUUCACCCGGUCAAAAAGCACAGCCGGGUGAUUUGUACAUCGUCAACGGAUUCAAAUGGUUCUCUUCUGCUGCUGAUGGAAAUAUGACACUUGCAUUGGCAAGAACGGAUUCCGAUCGUGCAAAAGGAUCAAAAGGUUUAUCGUUAUUCUUGAUUCCUUUGCAUAAAAAAGAUCGUGCUCCAAUUCCUACGAAUACGAAAUAUACCGAUCAAACUGCACCUACAAGCAAGUAUAAUGGAAUCAAAGUACAUCGAUUAAAGAACAAGCUUGGUACAAAGCAUGUUCCAACGGCAGAAUUGGAAAUUUGUGGUGCGGUGGCAGAAUUGAUUGGUGAGGAAGGCAGAGGUGUAGCACAAAUUGCGCAAGUGUUAAACAUUACAAGAACAUAUUGCAUUUCUGCAAGUACAUGUAGCAUUGGGGUCGCCUUACAAAUUUUACAAGAUUACGCAAACAGACGUAAAGUUGGCGUUCAUGGUCAAGCAGAGACUUUGUUAAAAGAUUUGCCAUUACACAACACUUUGAUUGCCAAAGUUGCUAUUCAUUAUCGAGCAAUGUUGCAAUUGCAUCUAAACAUUACACGUUUGUUGGGUAAAAACGAGGCCAAAACCACAACGGAAGCAGAAGAAAGACGAUUACGACUUCUCACACCCGUCGGAAAGGCUUUCGGCGCUGUUCGUGCGAGUGAUUGUUUAGCACAAAGUAUUGAAUGUCUAGGUGGUCAAGGAUACAUGCAUGAAACAAUCCUUACAACUGCCCUUCGUGAUGAUUUUGUUUCACGGAUUUGGGAAGGUACUCCCAGUGUUUUGAGUUUGGACGUCGUUCGUGUUCAUGCACAAACGAAAGGAGCAGCUCUGAUCGAAUGGCUACAAGAUUCAGCACAAUCACUCCAAAGAUCAAACGAUCAAUUACAAAACACUCUUGGACAAGACGAUGUGCUUACAAAAACAGUUUCAACCCUCCGUGAUACUUUACGAGAAAUGAAAACGGUCUAUCUCAACGAAAAAGCAUUCAAAACAGCAAGUGGAACGGAUAUGCGUCUUGCCCGUCCUUUAUUGGAUAGUAUUGCAAUCGUGGAGUGUGGUUGUCAAUUACUCAACCAGGCUGCUUGGUCCACACAAACGGAAAUGCAACAUGGAAAUGCAAAACUCGAAUUGCAAAUAGCUUCAAGAUGGGUUUGUGGUCCUGAAGGUGGUUUGGCAAUCGUACGCAAUACGAUGCGUGAUCUGGCACAAGGUAAGAUGGAUGUAGACACCGAACGUCAUAUAGCUUAUGGUUUAGAUCAUGAAGUAGAAUCCCUACAGACAUCUCAAUCUACACAAUCUUCCUCAAAUCGCUCUUCCAAUACUUCCAGAGAAUCAUCAAUCUUGGCAAAAUCAAAAUUAUAA